AUGUGUAGCUGUUUACAGUCUACAAAGUGUAGCUGUUUACAAUCUACAAAGUGUGACUGUUUACAAUCUACAAGUGUAGCUGUUUACAUUCUACGAAGUGUGACUGUUUAUAGUCUACAAAGUGUAGCUGUUUACAAUCUACAAAGUGUAGCUGUUUACAGUCUACAAAGUGUAGCUGUUUACAGUCUACAAAGUGUAGCUGUUUACAGUCUACAAAGUGACCUUACAAAGGCAUAUCUGACAAAAUCAGAAGCAGGUUCUGAAGAUAGGCGGCCAUUAGACUGUCUUGAAAUUAGUGGACAAAAGUAUGCUGUUGUCGGAACUGUUUUAUUAUUAUUGAAAAUGAUAAUUGAAUACUGCCAGUGUUUAGACGACAUGCCAUCAGCUAUACCAGAUAUUCUUACUAGACUGGUUGAAAUAUUACAAACUUUUAACUCUAGGACAUGUCAGCUUGUACUUGGUGCUGGUGCUUUACAAUUAGUAGGAUUAAAAACUAUCACAACCAAAAAUUUAGCUUUAGCAUCCCGAUGUUUGCAACUUGUAGCUUACUACAUUCCAUUUGUCAAGUCACAUUUUGAAAGCAGGCUUCAACCAAAGCAGCACAGUAUGCUCAAACAUUUUGACAAAAUUCUGAAGGAUUACAAUGAUCAUGUUCAAGAAAUAUCCUGCAAAUUAGUAGCUAUUAUGGACAGUGCCUUUGAAAAACAGUUAUCCAAGUGGGAAGUGAAAGCUCCGGUACCUUCUGCCUCAUUCCGUGCAAUCUGUAAACAAAUUAAUAAAUUACAUGAAGCUAUUAUUGAUCUUUUACCACCGGAACAAAUAAAGGUUUUGUUUAUGCGAAUCAAUGUUACAUUCAAAGAACAUUUACGUCAACAACUUAAAAAGUUAUGUGUUACCAAUGAUGGUGGACCACAGCAUGGCUUGGUCACAUCUGACUUGGUAUUUUACACUGAAAACAUCAAGAUGCUGAGUUGUCUGGAAGACUUAAUAGACAAUAUGGAUGAUAUAUGGCAAUAUAGGUAACCAAACUGGUUUCCAAAUUGCAUUGACCUGAGUGUAUUUACUUUCAAAACUAUCUAUUGUCAAGAUGACAGCUCACAGCUGCUACCUAAAAACCUGAUUCAUACAGCUAAACUUAGAGGUGAAAAUGCUUUGGAACCACUAAUAAAAAUCAAAAGAAUGUUAAGUACAAGUAUGUACUUAUACAUAAUAUAUGUAUGAACAAUGAAUGCUUAUUUCUGGGACGAUCAACAGGGCCAUCACGAUUA